ACGACGGAGCGGGGGGGCGGGGCCGGGGGUUGCGUCGAGGAGGGGUUUACGCCGGCGACGUCUGCAGCGCGAGGCUUCGCGCGUGAGCGGCGUGGGCGCUGGGCCUGUCUACCGAGCUUUUCUUGGGCGCACAGAUCGUCGACGCCGGCUCCUGGGGGAGUGCGGGGGGGAGGCGUCGGGGUCAGCGGCGUGAUCUACGGCGGCCUCAGCCAUGGAAGAGACGCAGCCGCUUCCGCAGUCCGAGCUGCAGCUGUGCGACAGCCUUAUCAUCUGGCUGCAGACAUUCAAUACCACCGCACCUUGUCAAGAUGUGAAACAGCUGACUAAUGGAGUUGCCAUGGCACAAGUUCUUCAUCAAAUUGAUGUAGCUUGGUUCAACGAAUCUUGGUUAAGCAGAAUUAAAGAAGAUAUUGGUGACAACUGGAGAAUAAAGGCUAGUAAUUUAAAGAAGGUACUUCAAGGAAUUAUGAGUUAUUACAAUGAGUUUUUGGGGCAACAGAUUUCUGAAGAACUUAUCCCUGAUUUAAACCAAAUAACUGAAUGUUCAGAUUCUGUGGAGCUUGGGAGGUUGCUCCAGCUUAUUUUAGGUUGUGCAGUCAACUGUGAAAAGAAGCAAGAACAUAUUCAAAAUAUAAUGACACUGGAAGAGUCUGUUCAACAUGUGGUCAUGACUGCUAUUCAGGAGUUGAUGAGUAAAGAAAUACUGAGCUCUCCUACAAAUGAUGCUGUUGGAGAAUUAGAGCAACAGCUUAAAAGGGCCCUGGAAGAACUUCAGGAAGCACUAGCAGAAAAAGAAGAACUGAGGCAAAGAUGCCAAGAACUAGAUAUGCAGGUGACUGCACUUCAAGAUGAAAAGAAUUCACUAGUUUCUGAGAAUGAGAUGAUGAAUGAAAAACUUGACCAAAUGGAUGGAUCUUUUGAUGAUCCAAAUACAAUGGUUGCAAAAAAGUUUUUUCAUGCACAGUUACAACUAGAACAAUUACAAGAAGAAAACUUCAGACUUGAAGCUGCAAAAGAUGAUUACCGUGUUCACUGUGAAGAACUUGAAAAGCAACUAAUUGAAUUUCAGCAUAGGAAUGAUGAAUUGACUAGUCUUGCUGAGGAAACAAGAGCCCUGAAAGAUGAAAUAGAUGUUCUUAGGACUACCUCUGAUAAAGCAAAUAAACUGGAGUCAACAGUUGAGAUAUAUCGUCAGAAGCUACAGGAUCUGAAUGACCUUCGGAAGCAGGUGAAAACUUUACAGGAAACAAACAUGAUGUAUAUGCAUAAUACAGUCAGCUUAGAAGAAGAAUUGAAGAAGGCAAAUGCAGCACGUACACAAUUAGAAACAUACAAGAGACAGGUUCAGGAUCUACACAUUAAACUUUCCUCUGAAUCCAAAAGGGCAGACACACUAGCAUUUGAAAUGAAGCGGCUUGAAGAAAAACAUGAAGCUUUACUGAAGGAAAAAGAGAGACUAAUAGAACAACGUGAUACUCUGAAAGAAACAAAUGAAGAGCUGCGAUGUUCCCAAGUACAGCAGGAUCACCUAAACCAAACAGAUGCAUCUGCUGCAAAGAGUUACGAGAAUCUUGCUGCUGAGAUUAUGCCAGUGGAAUACAGGGAGGUGUUUAUUCGACUGCAGCAUGAAAAUAAGAUGCUUCGCUUACAGCAGGAAGGUACUGAGAACCAACGUAUUGAAGAACUUCAAGAGCAGCUAGAACAGAAGCACCGCAAGAUGAAUGAACUGGAAACAGAGCAAAGGCUGAGCAAAGAGCGCAUCCGAGAAUUACAGCAGCAGAUUGAAGACCUCCAGAAGUCUUUACAGGAACAAGGCUCAAAGUCUGAAGGAGAAAGUUCCAGCAAACUAAAGCAGAAGUUGGAAGCUCAUAUGGAAAAACUAACAGAGGUCCAUGAAGAAUUACAGAAGAAACAAGAGCUCAUUGAAGAUCUUCAGCCAGAUGUAAACCAAAAUGCACAAAAGAUCAAUGAACUUGAAGCUGCUCUUCAGAAGAAAGACGAAGAUAUGAAAGCAAUGGAGGAACGAUACAAAAUGUACUUAGAGAAAGCAAGAAAUGUAAUAAAAACUUUAGAUCCCAAGUUAAAUCCAGCAUCAGCUGAAAUAAUGCUACUUAGAAAGCAGUUGGCAGAAAAAGAGAGAAGAAUUGAGAUUCUGGAGAGUGAAUGUAAAGUAGCAAAAUUCCGUGAUUAUGAAGAAAAACUCAUUGUUUCUGCCUGGUAUAAUAAGAGUCUAGCAUUCCAGAAACUGGGGAUGGAAUCUAGACUAGUGAGCAGCAGUGGUGCUUGCAAAGACACUGGUGCGUGUACUCCUGCACGAUCUUUCUUAGCACAGCAACGGCACAUCACCAACACCAGAAGAAAUCUCUCUGUUAAAGUUUCUGCUACAACGUCUGAUUAAACU